AUGGUGGCAACUGCAACUGCUUCUACUUUAGACUUAGUGUCACUUAGAAUGAGGGAGAGCGCCACUAGAAUAUAUGAAGUUUUGUCCCGCGCGAGCGAGGGAGGGCAUUCUUGGAGUCAUGGCGGGGGCGGCGCCUCUGGAUUUUCGAUUCCUCGACGAGGGGCUAGGCGGCGCCAAGAACAAGAAGCACAAGCGCGAUGCCGAUCAGGCGGCGAUGGAUGUGGAGGAGCAGUGGCAGGAGGAGACGGCAGGCUUUGGACCAGAGCCUCGUCCUGCUUGGAUGAGGGAGAUUCCAGGCCCGUCUACGGUAAGCCCAGCUACGACAGCGUGAUCGCGGGGAAGGUGUCAGGGCGCAAGUGGAAGGAGGUGAAGACGUGCCGCGCGUCGGCGCUGUGGGUGAGCGUCGAGGGCAGCAGCCUGGAGGAGCGCGCCAAGGCCAAGCGCAUCGCGGCAGAGUUCCGGGAGCGCAAGCAGCAGCUCAAGGAGCAAAUCCGGGCCAACAAGGUGGACAAGCGAAAGAGGCUGGAGGAGUACAAGAAGAGGAAGGAGGAAAACGUGAAGAAGUCGGGGUUGAAGCUCCAGAAGGUGACCAACCUCAAGAAACUCCAGAAAAUGUCCAAGAGGGAAAAGAAGAAAUUGGUGGCACAGCACGGCAAUUAA